AUGGGCAGAGAAGGAAACAGAUUCAAGUGGGAGAGCUUCUCCAAGAAGAUCGAAAAAGUUGGAGGCCAGCGGGCGCUGAUUCGCAAAGAGCUCGGCGACACCAAGCACGACGAGACACAUUUCGCAGAAGCCCUAGAAAAAUGGGUCGAGAUCGACCGGGGAGCGGAUUUUUACGCGUUUUUGAAGGCCAUCCCCCACAAGAGGGACCUGACGACUUAUGCCCAAGUCCUGCACUACAGCAAACAAAUUUUCGGCGCUCUCCUCGAAGCAUUGGAAGUUCCGGAAACCUCCGCGCUUAUGACCCUCCUGGAGAUGUGCAUCGCCCUUGCGAAGGAUCUACGCGAUGAGUUCUAUCAGCACAUGUGGCCACUUUUCGAGCGGAUCAUAUACGUCAUGGAACGCGCCGAUAACAAUGUCGAGUUGCUCGACAAGACGCAUCUGACAAUGGCCCUUCUAUUCAAGCAGCAUUGGCGGUUGAUCAUCAAGGAGUUGCGAAAGACAUUUGAUCGGUUCUGCCCCCUCUUCGGAAGUCAGCACAAGUAUGUGCGACGUUUUGCCGCCGAGGCCUUUGCCUUCCUGAUGCGAAAAUCAUCCGCCAUCCCCAAGUUCACCGUUUUCAUGUUCGAAAAGGCGCAAAAAGUCCAAGAUGACCGGCUCCUGGACGGUGUCGCGAUGCUCAUCUUCAACGCAAUUCGAGGGGUGAACGGCCAAUUCUACAGUGGCACCGAGGAGCUCCUGGCCGAGAUGCUGAACGCCACUUUCGCGAUUCAGGACCCGGAAGGCCGAAAAACGGGAUUUGAUGCUUUCCAGAGCGCCAUCAUCUACUGCAUCCACUACGCUAAACGAGAACAUUUCGCACCAGUCGUACGCCCACUUUUCAAUUUGUUGUCAAAAACGACCGACCCGACGAGCUUCUGCCAGGCUCUGAAACUGAUCAACGCGGCGACAGUGCGCGUCAAAAAUAAUCGAGUUUUCAGCCAAGAAAGCGAACUUCUUGCAAUCAUCGAACAGGCCGUCCCCCAAGCUUGGUUUGUUGUCGAUGAGGUCUUUCUUGACUUAUUGGCUCAGCUUGUCAAUGAGGUCUACGACUCGGAAAAGUGGUUCUCAAAACUGCGAGACCUCUUUGCGGCAAUUUCGAGCAGGACGGACAGUGACCCGACACUUUUGAAGUUUCUCGAGUCGAUCCACAAGAUCCAGUGCUUCGACCUUUACAUCAUGCCGGCUCUUGGCAGCUUGGCUACGCGUGUAGUCAAGUCGGACGAUGAAAGUGCAAAGGCCGAGCUCCUUCGGGUUUACGCCGAAAUCUGUCUGGAUCGACGGCCGCUGGAAGGCGCAAUCGAUAGAGCCGGCAGAGCGACAUUUUUCGACACUUCCUAUCAAGUCGCCGUCCGGGAGUACGUGAAUGAGCAAGUGGCCAGCGCUAAUAAAUGGAUCACCGACACGGAGUGGUCGGAAGUUGCCUUGCUCAAGGUUGCUCAUGCUUUGGCGGUUUGGCCUUGGCUGACGCCGGCUGACGAGGUUAUGCAAGGUAGCGCAAGUAUAUUGGCGCUUCUCCUCUCCCUGCUCUCGGCCCCGACCCCGCAAGAUCGAGCGACAGUGUUCCUGCAGUCACAGCUGGUGUUUUUCGCAGCUUCAGCCCUAUUCCAGGCUGACAAAACUCUGCUCCGCAAGGUCGAUGAGAAGUUGGCCUUCGAUUUCAUCAGAAACUUCGGGUGCACCGACUCUGCCCUUCGCUUCUACCGGCUUUUCGUGACCGUCAAGAAGCCAAAGAAGAGUUUGGAGGAUCUGGAUCAAAUCAUUGUCCCGUUGACGGAUGCGUUUGCGUCUCCGUACUUGCCGUUGAGGCUGUGCGCACUGGAUAUCUGCGCCCGAUUCGAUGUCCCGCUCGAGGGCCAAUCGGAGAACGCGUUUGCUGUACUGGCAUCUGCCGAACGGGAAUCGCUCGACCACGUCGGAUUGAGGGAAAAAUUGCGAAAAUUCAGAAGCCUGGUCCACGGGAAACACACCGCGUUUUUGCCCAAGGGCCGUGCCGCCGACUACGAGGCGAUUAUUCUGCGCGUCUGCCUCGCCCAAUUCCAUCAACAAUACAUCCCGUUGUGGAAGGGCAUGCACGAGAUCAUCCUCAGCUAUGCGAGUGGGCUUCAACUUGAUGCGUUCUGGGCUGAGGUGGACCGCGUGUUGAUGACGGCUUUUGCCGGCCUACGCAACGACAUCCCGUUGAGCAUCCCCACCGCGCUCUCCUCGCUCAUCCCGGAAGUCGAUUCAAGCUCGAGGACCGAUUUUUCGAGCUUCAUCGAACAAAUGCUGCUCUUUUUGGCGAAGGCCCCCGAAGUGUCGGAGCGUAAAACGAAGAUCCUGGUCCCGCUGUUCCUCGAUUUCUUCAGCAAAGACUACCUGAACGCGGAGAAGCCGUCGUUGGCUGAAGAAAUCACACCCACAGAGCCAGAAGCUGCAGAAGCAGAGCCGAAGGAAGGGAACGAGGAGCUAGCGGACUGGGAAGUCGUCCCAGACCCCGAAGCGGAACAGGAAGAAGAGACCGCCCUCCAUAUUCUAAGCAAGCGAAUGGCUCGUCGGGUCCUGAUCGCCUUCCUGCAGAUGUUCUCCUCUUUCCGGGGCCCCAAGUCGAUCCACCGUAACCAGGAGGUCUUCGCGGUGUACAACGAGUUGCUGCUCUCAUGGGACCCGGAGCUCCAGAAGGCGGCACUGAACUGCAUCUUCGCCUACAAGUUUAAAUGGAUGAACUCGUACAAGGAGAAUCUGCUCGCUCUACUCGACAAGAAGGCGUUCCGCGGCGAGCUGCUGAAGCUGAACGUCGGCUCCGAGAACAGCGUCAUCGCCCCGGGGCAUGUCGACGAGCUGUUGCCCGUGAUUUUGAGAGUUCUCUAUGGUCGUCUCGUCGCCCCAGCCGCUAAAAUGGGCCACAACCAUCGCACGCACAUCAUCCGUUUCAUCGCCGGCUGCUCGGCCGACCAGCUCAACCAGUUCAUCCGCCUUCUGUUUCACGCGAUCACCAAGAAUUUCGACAUCUCCGGGAGCAGCUACGAGUCGCUGACGGAGAGGGUGAAGACGGACGCCGCGCUCCGGGAGAAGAUCGACAUGAAGAGUGUUUAUAUG